AACGGAGAUAGCAGCGAAAAAUCGAUUCGAACUGCAAAAACAGAAAGGGCGUAUUGUUUCCAAGUUUACGAGGCGUGAAGCAAAGAUCACUUUUGAGGAAGCGGUUCGUUGAAUAACGAGCGGAGGUGAACAGGAACAGGAUUAGUAGAGUACUUAGGGAGGAAACUUGGAUUUUACGAGGUGAGGAAGACCGAAGAUGAGUAGAAAGUUAGAAAGAGGGAAGCGAAGCGAGUUUUAUGGUUAAAGAGGUGAAAAACAAACUCUGUUCGCUUCGAUCGUUAUUGUUCCUCCUUUCUCGAAGAAUGUAUUUGAACGAUGGCGAAAAGAAGUUUAAGAACGACUCUGAGAAAUGGGAGAUUUUGUUUUUGGGAGAGGAGAGAUUGUUUUUUCUAAUGAGAGAGAAGAAGAUAAGAGAAGAGUGAAAGAAGAGGUAAUUAACCGCGAGGAAGUUAUACAGGACUUUGUUAGCACUGUGACGCCUUGAACGAGAAGAAAUCUUACAAGAAGCGGAAGUAUUGCCACUGACACCAACCAGAAAGUUGUCGAUCAAGUGAAUUGAGUCGAUAUCACAACAGGCGAUUCAAUCAGUAUAAAACGAAACGAAAUUGACCAACAUUCUUCUGCAGCAAAUAAAAGAGGAAAUCAAAGAAAAGAACGAGAAAUAUUUACGAUCUAAAGUUGUGCAAAAAUGCGGAUGAAGCUAUUAAAGGUCGUGGUUGUUCUGUUGCUGUCAGGAUCGGGCGACGCCAGGCCGCAAAGAACCGAAGGAUCGAUCGACGUUCAGCCAUCGAGAGCAAACCCGGAGCAACUGAGAAGUUCCGGCGGCCCUCAGACCGUUCGUGAAGAUAGCAGUAUCAAUACAAACGACACGCAACGCCACCUGAAGGAUUUGCAGCACAUCGACCAGUCUCUAAGAACAGUGGCCACUCAGCUACUAAACGUGACCAAUCCGGAAGAAUCCACAAAAAUCCUCGACAACGUAAUCAAGAAGCCUGCCGCGAGUCAGAAACCAUUGGAGGCCGCUCCAGUCAAAGAGAUCAACGUGAACAAUGGCCCGCUUGUCAACGUCGGAUUCGGCAGGCCAAUUAAUUCCAAGUUCAACUACUUCGAGACGAGUCAUCCGGGUCAAGCGAUGGCCAUCACCGAGGAGGAGCUCGAAAGAGAGUUAAGCUCGACGCGUCUAAUGACUGCGUACAAGAAUCAUCCAACGACCACCGGCGGGAUCUCCACGUGGAUCCUUUUGAAUCCACCGUCCACUACGUUGAAGACGACGGAGACAGAGAAGAAGACGAAACAACCGAUGGAAACGGACGUAAAAGUGACUGAUGCGAAGCCAACGACUCUGAUGAUGGAGAGAAUAGACACCACCGAAAAAGUUACCAUGCCUGUUUCUACGACGUUGAUCGUGGACGAACCUUCUACCACGAAGAAACCCGUCCCGACGACCACGAAGAAAACAAUUGAAUCGAAACCAGAGAAGAUUCAAAGCACAGAGAACGUAGAGUCUGUUCAGAGUACCACUUUAAAAGCUCCUCAGGUUACUGUGAACAACUCGGAGACUAAGGAGACAGUUGCAACCACUACGAAAAAGGUGCAGAUCGUUAGAACGACGCCUAAACCUAAGACAGCUACCACGAAGGGCACCGUGUUAUCGAAACAUUCCGUUACCAAGCCUACCAGGCCUAAUCAACACCAGAAUAGGCCUAAGCUACCUAUGAGAAGGACAACUACCGUUAAACCAGAUACUGUUAAGAAUGAGACUGUUUCUGCUGGCAAGAUAGAGAAGGUUACAUUCAGGCCUGUCCAGAUGAUUACCAUUCCAAAGAGCAAAGUGGAAAACACCGAGAAGCCUAUGUUCGUGACCAAGAUCAAAGCUUCUAUCCUAAUGGACACUCAGAAGACCACUACGCAGUCUUCGGUAUCGUCCACGACUAGUUUGGAAGCUACCACGAGUCCCAAACCGACAACAGUUGGCAGUAAUUUGGCGGAGGUGUCUGCGAAGCCGAAACCAGUUGGAACGAAAGUGAACAACGUGCUGAAGGUGCAGUUGAAGAAGCCUCUGGACGAAGCAACGACGCGAAUCGAAGUGGAGCCUGUUAAAGCAAACGCUCCUGCGUCGAAGGUCGAGAGGAACGAAGUGAAGGAAGUGGCUGAGAAGGAACCGGAGAGUCUGGACAACACGAGGAUAGAUUUAAUGCAAUUUGACUUUAACCCCGAGCUGACGAAAAUUAACGUAAAUACAGAAGUUUCGCCGACAUCGACCAGCAGUACGCCAUCGAUCGCCACGUCCACCUCGACUACUAAAAGGCCUAGGAACAAUUCCAAGAGAAAGAAGAACAAGAACAGAAGGCGAAAACCGACCACGUCUACGACAGUGGCCACCGUUUCCUCCGCGACGUCCAGUACGAUGGAGAACGACUUGUCAGAGGAAUUUGUUGCUGAGAAUGGUAUACAGGAGUCGAAGAUAGUGCCGGAGACCAAGUUGGCUAGCAACUGGACAAAGACGAAGAAGAAACCAGCUCCGACGCCGAUCAGCAUGCAGAUUUACAAUUUUCUGAGCAGAGAGGUGAUGCCUAGUUUCGGGAUGAUGUCUCUGGUAGGACUGGGACUCGGUCUGGCUUCAUACUUCCUGUACCCGCUCGGAGGAACCGUGGCCAGGAGGAACUACGAGGUCGAGCCAAAGUACAAGUAUAACUUCGACGAGUACGGUGGGAACUACGGCCAAAGCGAGGAGGAGGUUCUGUCGAAAGUUCUCCAGGGAAUGACGACCGACGAGAGCAAGUAUCCCGGUUCAAAGGAUCAGGACUAUUACAGAUAUCAGAGCUACGAUGGAAACUACGAGACUCAGCCGAUUAAGAAAAGCGACCAAAGAUAUUCCUCAUCGUCUCCGAUGUAUCGACCGGAGAACACAGCGUCUGGGCACAAAUACAGGAACACCGAUUAUCGUUACAUGCAGAGCACCAGCACGCCGAGUUACUACGACAGGCCGAAGCAUCGCGAGUACGUGGUUGGAUCGGCUGUUCCUGGCACGGCCAAUCGGCAGUUUGUUGUCGGAAGUGUUCCGAAAGUCUACCCACCGUACGACGACAAUCCUUCUGCGUUGUCGACCACAGGGAAACUGGCCAACAGUUACGAACCUACGGAAGAAAAUGGUCAGGUACAGUUUGAUCACGAUGUGAAUCAGAGCUUCGAUUUCCCUGUGGGAUCUGUUCAGAGCUAUGGCCAAGUUCAGACGGCUAGACCGGAUGAAACCUACGAGGAAGUGGAGAUUACACCUACCGCGGUUGCCGUGGAGCACGGGCCCAGGUCUAUGAAGGUUAAACGUUCCCUCCAGGAGUCGACAGAGACGCUCUCGACGAGAGGAAGAAGAAGAAGGGACUCGGUGAUUCAGAUUAUACCGUCGAAACGAGAAUUGGAAGAAGAAGAGAAGGAGGAGGAUCUGAGCAACGAAAUUCUUAAUAUAAUCGAUUCGGCCAUACCCGAGAAGGAUUACGGCAAGGAGAAGAAGAACAAGGACAGGGAGACGGAAGAUUUUGAGAGUCAGAGGAGAAAGGAGAAAGAGGACGAGAAGAAUCGGUUGAAGGAGGCCGCUGUCAAGAGUCAAAUACUGGAAACGAGCACGGCUACGUUCGUGGAUACUUCCACAGCAACGAAAGAGACUAUUGACUCCUCUUCUUCUUCUUCUUCUUCUUCUUCUUUUUCUUCGAGUUCCACGGAAAACGUGAAUUCUGAAGAUUCCACGACGAGUAGUAAAACGACGGAGAGCACAGUCGAAUGGACCGACGCGACUACGAAGAAGCCAGCCGAGCAGAAUGGUUUCAAUCUCUUCAAUUUCGUGAAGAGGAUCGCCGAGAUCAAGUUCAGGCUCGGUCUAACGCUCCUCAAACAUGCGAGCGAGGGUUUCGCCAGAUAUCUCGGCCACGUGCAGAAGAGGAUCAACGGAGAGGAAUGAAGGAGGCUUUUUCGAAGUAGUUGAACACAGUGUGGAAUCGAAUGACGAACGCGAUUUACGCCGUCACUAGGGGGCUAGCAUGUACCUUACUUCUUCGAGCACGCCAGGACCUCGUCUUGAAAAUCCUUCGUGUCUUGAGGCCUGAUUUUUCGAGAACGUUUCGAGAGGAUGGAGACGUUUUUGGAAACGUUUCUCAAUCGAAAUAGUCUUUCUACGGGGGUGACUUUUUUUUUUGUAGACUCUGAAGUAUCAUCGUCUUUUUGUCUUUCUUCUUUUCUUUUGCGUUUCGAGUGCUCUCUUCUUUUUUACUGGGGGGAAGAAAUAUUCGUUCCUGAUCGAUAAAAGUAACUUUUUGAAAGAGAGAUUUUUCAAAUUUUUCUGACAAGGAAAUAGAGAAGAAUGAGGAUUUGAAAAUUGUAAUGUAAAUCUGUAUUUUUGUAUAAAAGAUUGGUAUUUUUUGUUUUAACAUUUUAUGAGAAUUAUAUUAUAGAAGAUUAUGAUAUUAGAGUAUAAUAUGGACCGAUUAUGUUCUAAGAAAAUUCUUUUAAUAUUCUUAGAAUAUAAUUAUUUUUGAAUAAUGUAUUAAUUAAUUCGAUAUAACGUAGACUAUGACAAUUCUAUAGUUACAGACGGUAAUUAAGAGUAUCGAAAGAAUCGUCUUAGAAUUCUAUAUUAUCAACAAUGUAUAAUAUCUUACAUUAUAAUUUAAUAUCCCGAGAAUUCUAAAAAGUACCUUUUUAUUCGGAAACGAAUAUUUCUUUCUCUCUACAAGAACGACGAAAUUAUUUUAAGCUCGUAGAAUCAACUAGACAACUCACCCUCUGUUAGCAUAAUUGACGAUGAAAAGCUACUCUGUCCAUAUUUUUUAAAUAGUUCUUAUUACAUAGAAUAGUUACAAUCCUUGCAAAUUAUCUUGAAAAUGUUGGUUUUAUCCAUUUAUUAAUCUACAUACAAAUUUUUAUCGUGCUGUUAAGACCAAAAAAAAAGAGAAAAGGAGGGGUUGUGUUUGGACGUGAAUGAGAACGAUAAGCUUUAAAAAU